UUUCUACUUAAAUUCCGCCAUACCUGUUGACUUCUCCUCAUUUAACAGUCUUACUAAUUUUCUACGAGCAAAGAUACACAGUAAAUCAUGUCUGGACGCGGAAAAGGUAAAGCUAAGGGUACCAAAUCGAAAACACGUUCUUCUAGAGCGGGUUUACAGUUUCCGGUCGGCAGAAUUCAUCGUUUGUUGAGGAAGGGAAAUUACACUGAGCGUGUCGGCGCAGGUGCCCCAGUUUACAUGGCCGCUGUUUUGGAAUACCUCUCAGCUGAAAUACUGGAACUCGCUGGCAAUGCAGCUAGAGAUAACAAGAAGUCUAGAAUUAUACCACGCCAUCUUCAGCUCGCUGUUCGCAACGACGAGGAACUGAACAAGUUGCUUGCCGGUGUAACCAUCGCUCAAGGAGGUGUAUUACCGAACAUUCAAGCGGUGCUGUUGCCAAAGAAGACCGAAAAAGGAGGAAAAGCCCCUCACUAAACCUUAUACAUUUGCUUGGAAAGCUAACAAGUUACCUAAUAGAGCCGUUGAGAUGGAGAAAGUUUAAAAGGCCUGUUGAAAGUGGUUUAAAUUCCAAGACUAAAAUUUAUUUUCCCCAAUCACAUAUGAACGAAAAAAGAUAAUUAUUUUUUUUAAUUGAUCAGCAAAAUAGAGUGUAUCAGGGUAGGAUUUCCGCGAUUCCGUGUAGUUACUUACCCUCUUGUCAUGUCAUAAGCAUACGGAUUUUGGAUGAAGAAAACAUUGUCUUCGGCGAAAACAGUGAUUUCCCUUGAGACAAGGGCUUUGUUUCAUAAUAGUAGAAUACUGAAAUCUUUCCCAUUUCAUGAAGAGAACGCUCAAAUUGUGGCACUCUUCAGUUCCUAGGAAUUCUUUAGUUGCCACCACAGUUAAGAAUUACAUAUCUGUUGGUUAUGACAAGUUCAUUAUACGCAAUCCAAACAGUAAUGGAGGUUGUGUUUUAUUUUCCGGCAUCGAUGUCAAACCCAACUAUGUCAAGGUGACCGACAACUUACAAAGGCGAAGUUAUUUACUCUAAUAAAUUCUCUGUAUCGUCUUUCA